GUGGUGGAGGCGAAGGAUGGUGAAGUGCAGGUAGUGGAGGUGGUGGAGGAUGACGAUGAUGAUGUGCAGAUAGUGGAGGUGGUGAACGAGAGCAAGGAUGAUGAUGAUGAUGACUAUGAGGCAGCUGGGCCUUCGCCCAGGGACGAUGAUGAAGAGGAGAUGUGGUUUCAGCUCAUUCGGAUUGAGGAGUUCGAAGGGCCCUCGAGGCCCUCCACCCCCAUGCAGCCUUCCUAUGAGGACUUGGAGGACUGGACCCACACUCGGGUCAGGUCGGUAGUGGCUGGCUGGGUGAUGGAUUAUUUGUGCAUGAACGUGUGCCAUGCCUUCUGUCAUGACAUGGCUGAGGAGUUCAGCCAGGGCAUCGUUGCUAUGGAGGCUGCUGUCUGUGGGGUCCACAACCGGCCCCUUCUGCAGCUCAAAACUGUGCACAUCUGUCAGUUUUUAAAGAGAAUCACCAGAGCAAGAUGCCUGGAUGUUCGGUUUGAUGGGAAUAGUGUCAAUACCCCCCUGGAAUCGGCCAUGGUCAUGUGGAACAGGAUGGGCUACUGUAAAGAUUCCCGAUUUGAUGACAUCCAUGAUUUGCUUAGAAUUCAGGCUGUGGCUAUCUGCCUGGAGAAAAGAGGCUUUCGGGAGGCUGAGGUGAUCUUCCGGAGGGUAUUUGGUGCCAAUGACACCAACAGGCCUCUCAAAAAGAUCCUGUUUCGGGUGGUCAGCAAGAAAGACCCAAACCAUACCUUUUUCCACUACUUCAGCUUUGACAGCCUGAUCAAGAAAGUCAAGGCUUUCGUUCGUCAUGUGAUCAGUGAGAAAGCAACCAGCUUUCUGAUCAGGAAGGCGAUGAAAAUCGUGAAGCAUAACCCUGAGGAAAGUCCAUCCAGGAAGAGAGAGAGAGAAGUCCGAAGCCACAUCAUCAUCCAGGAGUUCGGAGGGUACCCCAAGUUCAUAGUCAAGUCUGACACCAAUGUCUUCUGUUUCUCCCAAAUGAAACGCCGGAAGUCCAAACAGAAAGUUUUGGAUGACUCUGGAAGAGAAAUGGGCCCCGAGAGAAAAAAGGCCAAGCAGAAGUGCAAAAACAUUGUCAUUGACACCCAGACCAAUGAUGUGGAGAUCAUCGAAGACACCUAUGAGGAUGACAAUGAAGCCAGCACCUCGGAGAGACCACCUGGCAAGAAGAGGAGAACAUGGACCUGGGAAGAAGACAUGAAGCUGAGGUCUGGGGUGAGAAAAUAUGGAGAGGGUCAAUGGAAGAAAAUCCUCGCUCGUUAUGGAUUCCACGACCGAACAAACGUGAUGCUGAAGGACAGAUGGAGAACCAUAAAGAAAGCAGAAGUCCUUUCUUCAGACAGUGAAGACUGA